AUAACAAUGGACUAAAUAAUCAGGUUGACUCUUUUGUUAGAUUUGAAGAUUAUUUUUGUGAUCAGUAGAUAACUACCUCGUAUGCAGCAAGCUUUAGGCAUGAUUCAAUACGAAAUGUUUCUAUUUGUGGCUUUUUUGUUGACGAUUACAUUAGGUCAAGUCAUCUCAUCACCCCUAUUCGAUUUUGGAAGCAGAUAUUCGGACCUGGAUGAGAUAGCAGCCAAAUGCAAAAGAAUUUGCAAGGCAAACAAUGGAGAGGUUCACAUUGAUGGGGCUGAAUGCAGAUGUCGGAUAAGAACAGAGAACCCAGUCGAAUCUGUUGACCACAUAUUGAAAAGAGCGGGACGUGAAGGGUUGAAUCUUGUGCCAAAGUUGUACCCAAGAUUCAGGAGGUCACCUUGCUUAGGGGUAAGCCUAUUGGGCAGCAGCACGCCAUUGAAAAACCCAAGACUGAUGCAGCAACGACUCAGAGCUUAUGGAGUCGGUAUGCUUGCCCCAAUUCUUGGCAUCUCACCUGAACAGGUCAACGUUCUUGUAAGUGACAUCAUGAAGGGCAACUACCAAGAACCAAUCGUGAUCGGACAACCAAAAUUAGGAAUAAAUCUGGGACAACCAUCGACUACUGGACUAGUCAUUGGACAGCCAUCAACUGGAAUUGUUACUGCACAACAGGUCCCAGACACUGCACAAGUCGCAGACAACAUGCCACUAGCAACAGACAGCAUAUCGCUAGCAGCGAUUAAUGUACCGGUGGAUGACAUGAAUCAGAAUCAAGAUGUUGUAGGCUCUAUGAUUGAGAUGGUUCCCUCCAAGAAGGUGGCUUCGGAUAUGGCCAUCGAAGGAGAACCCAUGUUGGGUCUACAGAGAUCAAUAGUUCCAGUGCCGAUUGUUGGAGGCAAGCAAGUUCCCUCUGUGCCUGUUGUGAGCGAAGGUGUGUUGGCAGUGGAGGGUCCUAUUGUGUCUCCAUUCAAAACCAGGCGAUUCGUAAACAAUCAUCCUUUUUGAAAGGAAAAUCGCAUAUCUCCCUUCAUAAGAGAAAAAUGACGCAUACAUGGAGAAUCCUUAGUCAAGUACAUUUUGAGCAACUAACCACUCUACCUACCAGACUCUUUAUAAUAAUAUUGUGAUUGGCUCCUGUUAAAGCUUGAAAGGCAACCAACUCGUGCUUAUGGCUGAGUUUGUACUCAAAUUUCUGAAUAAUUUUGUAGCCGUAUUAUUUUCUUCCCAAUAAGAGUUUGUGCCCCCAGAAUUAUUCAGAAAUGGAAUUUGUAAAACUGAGAUGGAAAUUUCUGUAAAGGAAUAUUGUACGUAUUUGUGUGCAUUGAUAUUUUAGUGCUAUUAAUGUUGUAUUUUUCGAGUUUAUAACACGAAUUAUAGAGUGAAUCUAGGUGGAAUAACUAAUGUGAGGGAAAUCAAUCUCCAAUAUUAUUAAGUUUCCCCACUAUAAUUUUUAUCCAAUUUUGUACUUUUGUAUUUUGUAUCCAAUUAUAUUUUUAUUCAAAAAAUUA